AUGGCCACCAAGACCACUAAGAGGCGCAAAAUGCGACCUUACGAGAGAAAGGCACUGGUUAUCGAACAACUGGGCUUCGGGCGGAAGCAAGCGUUCAGAGACUGGCGCGCGAGUGAUCUAGUGAAGCCCUAUUGGGAAAGAUUUAGCAAACACUUCCUAGAUUCGUUUCUUUCCAAAUCCGACAAGAAGGGUCUAAAGUUCGUUCACGUCUACACUUGGAUAAUCAACGGCGAGAAGGCUAGCGCGAGGACAUUCUCCGCCCGCAUCGACCGACACAUGUGGGACUUCAUCGCUUUCGAGAAGCGACAGCGCGCACGGGGCAAGGGCAAAGGCACUGCCAGUUCAUCAAAAACCGCACCAUCCUCGUCCAAACAACUAGACCUCCUCGAAGCUACCUUAUCUGUGGAUGCGUAUGAGCAUCGCCUCCGUCCCUACGAAGGUGUGGCCAGUAUCUUCUGA